CAAAAUAAAAAUGUAAAAACAGACGGCAUGAACAUUUUGGGUGUGGGAGCUCAUCUCAAAUAAUCAACUAGGGACAUACCUGCCGUUAUGAAUAUGCAUUUUGUAAUCUAAUUUGCAUAAUUGAUAUCGGUCUUCAUGACUCCGUUUUACGCCCUGCUGCUGUACCCCGAGUCUGGAGAUUUGCCCACAUUUUCACAUGUUUUGUUCCUCAUUCUGGAAUUAAGGUUGAGCUAUCCUGCUCCAAGAUGAGUCAAGCAUUAUUUGAUGCCCUUGCUGGCAUCGAUGGGAGUGGUUUAGGAAUGCAGGGUCUCUUAGAGACCACUCCCACACACACCAUGACAACCAUUGUUCAAGAUCAAAAUGCAGGUGUGGAUGAAGAGGAUAUCUUUCAGUGUGGCAAAUGCAAGAAGCAGUUCACAUCACUCAACUCCUUCAUGAACCACAAGAGAGAACACUGCAUACCACCCAUCUCAACACAUCCCAUCCAUACCAUAACAACCCUACCCCGCCCUCAACCCAUCCCUGCUGCUGCUCCACACUCUGUCAACAGUGCCUUCUCCACCCUCACCCAGACCUCACUGGGGAAUCGUCUAUCCCUGGGCGGGGGCGGUAUUGGACCGGUGCCCCAGUCCCCAUUGUCUCAGCUACCAUCCAACAUGGUGCUGGGUGAGGAGGUGCUGAUCUCGCAGUUUGCCAACGUGGAGCAGAACAUUCAGCAGCUUCAGAACACCCUGAUGAACUCUGGUUCGUUAUCCUCGGCACCAUUCAUCACGUCUCAAGCUGCCUCCAGGCUCCUCACCUCCACCACACCGGUCUCAUCAGGCGGCUCUUCCAUGUCUUCUAACUCUGUACAACAGACUCUCAAUAUUGGCCAGGUGACCAAUAUCCAGAUAGUCCAACCCAACGGUAACAUCACAUUACAGCAGGUACUCCCCAACUCCAACCAACAAGAUCAACACCAGCUCCUCCAGCAACAGGGUCAAACCCUGAUACAACCUGCAACCAUCAUGCAACAGCAGCCCCCUCGGAGUUCAGGGGUGCAGGAACUGACCCGCAUCGCCCCCAUGACUAGCCUGGUCCAAGGGGGUGGUGAUGGUAGUGACCCUCUGAACAGACCUGAUCAUAUCUACAGCCUGACUGCAAGGAGGAAACGUAGGGGAGAAGCUGAGAGCAAGAAGCCAGGAAAGCUGAGAUGUAACUACUGUGACAGGACAUUCGCAAAGAACUUUGAUCUGAAUCAGCACCUACGCAGCCAUACAGGAGAGAAACCAUUCCAAUGUAUUGUAUGUGGACGAGCAUUCGCUCAGAAGUCUAACGUCAAGAAACACAUGCAGACACACAAAGUAUGGCCACAGGGCAAGAGAGCAACUCUGCCUAAUAAACCUAUUUUAAAGGUUACCAAUCUUGGAGAAGAGAAUAGUGCCAAAAAUGCCAAGAUCCGUUUGGAUGCAGGCGGCAGUCAGGAUUUGCUGGAACCCAUCCCAAGAGAAGAAAUGCUGAUUGAUAACUCAUAUGUGUGUAACUUCUGCAAUGAGAAGUAUAAGAACUACUACCAACUGAAGACACACAUGAGACAACACAAAGAUGAACAGCUGUACAAGUGCAUCGUGAAGACCUGCUCCCAGAAUUUCAAGAAUCUAGAUGAAUUCCUAGAACACAUCAGAGCACAUGACAAAGAACUGUCCUACCGAUGUCACCUAUGCAACAAGCAGUUCAACGAUCUCAAUGAUCUAGGUGUUCAUCAAUAUUCACACAGUCUCUAUCCUAACCAAGGACCAAAGCUUAUUCAAAAAGAAUUUAAGUGUCCCAAAUGUAACAGCAAGUACUCAUCACCCGAUGCUCUGGAUCACCACAUGAACACCUCAUCACAUAAGUUCAACUGUCCAGAAUGUAACAAGAUCUUUACCUGUGAGCGAUACCUGCGGCGCCAUCUUGUCUCCCACUGCACCCAAUCCCUGCAUGAAUGCCUCAUCUGUAACAAGAAGUUCAAGAGUGAGCACUAUCUCAAGUCUCACAUUCUCAUCCACACUGGCCAGAAACCAUUCAGCUGUCAGGUCUGCACCACAGAGUUUAACCGCAAGGACAAACUCAAGAGACACAUGCUGAUCCAUGAACCGAAUAAGAAAUUCAAGUGUCCAUUCCACUCAGUGGCAGGCUGCAACAUGGCGUUCAACCGAGCCGACAAACUCAAAGCUCACAUCAUCACGCACAGUGGGAUCAAACCCUUCAAAUGCUUCCACUGCUCCAAGACAUUCAGUCGCAGGCCUAACCUGGCUGAACACAUGAAGCUCCACACCAACGACUUUCCUUUCCAUUGCGACAAGUGCAACAAGGGAUACGCCAGAGAGAAGUACUUGAAGAACCAUAAUUGUAAUGCCAAGACGGGUCCCAAGCGGACAUCAUCCAUUGAAGGCAUCAGCCUUGAGUAUGCUGCAAAGCUGAUCGAUGCUGGAGCUAUCAUGGACCCAGAACAAGAGCAGAUCCAGAACAGCCUCGUCGAGGCCUUGGCGGAGAAGGCGAAGAAGAAGAGAGGUAGAAAAAGGAAAAGUGAUCUUCAAUCACAGAGAGCCAAAGAGGAUGCAAUGGAGGAAGAGGAGGUACGGAUUGUCCACACAAAGACAAGACAGGUCAGGAUGAGAGCUGGGUCUAUGCUCAACAAAUCAAAGAGAGCAAGGAAACCAAGGACACCUAGUUAUAAAAUGAAACAAUCCAAAAUGCAACAAACCCCAUUAAUGUCAGAGAAAUCCACCAUUGCUGCCAUUGAAGAAGACCUUGCUAUCAUCCAGAAUGUCCUCGCCCAACAUAGCAACAACGUCAAUGUGGAUGUGGGUAUGGAAGAUCUUGACACAGACCAUACGGACAGUGGACAUAGCCUUGCCUCCUCUCUCUCUCGUCAAUCUGGAGUGAACAUCAGUCUCCCUUCAGAGUCUCUGAUCCAGGAUCCUAUCAACUUGGAACCUGGUGAUCUGAGUGGACAGAUGGUUCCUGUGGUCACACACCGAGUUCAUCGGCUUGAUGAUGAGAAUGAAGUGGUGGUGGUUGUAUCACAAACUUGAGUGUUUCAAUUGCCUCUUCCCUUGUGGGGAAGACAAAUCUUUAAAGAAUGUUGAAGCUACAUGUCUCUAUUCUCUGUAUAUCUAAAUAUCAAUGAGUUUAAGUGAUAAUCAUGUCAGCAGAAUCACUAGACAGGGAUUACGUUACAAUAUUUAUGACUGCUACUCAAUACAAUUCUUUUUUUCCGCAUAUACACCCGUCUAUAGGCUUACUAUAAAUUACAAUGCCCAACUUUUAACAGGACGAGAUGGAAUGGGGGAGUGCGAGCUCUCUAUUUAGACCAUUGGUAUCGGGUGUUGUAAACCAAAUCCACAAAGGACAAGAGCCCUCUAUCAAUUAUUUCUUAAAUCGACCCCACCCCCUCUCAAAUAAAAAACAUAACAACAUAUGUCUGUUGUAAGUUUUGUAUUCAUUUAUAAAUUUAUGUGUAUGGUUAAUAGUAAAAUAGUUGAAUCAUUUAUAAAUGAAUAGGUGAAAUGAGAAACACUCCUGACUUCUAUAUGAGGAUAGCCAAUUGCAAAAUGGUUCCUGUUAUAUGAGGCUUUCUUCGAAUCUUGUGGUUUGCAACAUUUUCAAAUUUCAUGGCAUUCUACCUAUGCUAUUAUUAGCAAAGAUAAUUCUAAAAAGAUCGAUUAAG